CCUCAGUUUCUGCCAGGAUGCAGAGGGAAAUGUGAUAGUUCUGGUUUUGGUUUAGUUUCCUGGAAUAUGAAAACGUAACUGUGGGUGGAGUUUUAGUCUGUAUCAUGUCUUUAUAACCAGUAUAACCUGCCCCUUUAGACACAACUCAGUCAACCUGCUUUAUGGAUUCUAGCCUUAACCGAGACAGAAUAGCACACAGAGUGAUAAAUAAUAAUGGAAGCCAGCUUGUCUCUCCUGGAGGAACACCUCUCUUGUCCUGUGUGUUGUGACAUAUUCAGCAACCCCGUCGUCCUCAAAUGCAGCCACAGCUUCUGUGAGGAGUGUCUCCGGAAAUACUGGAAGGACUUGGAGAUUUUCCUGUGUCCUGUAUGCAGGAGAGAGUGUUCUCCUGAGGAACCGAGCCAAAGUUUGGCCUUAAAGAGUCUCUGUGAAUCGUUCCAGAGAGGAAUUGAAAAGGAGAAAGGAUCUCAGGAUAUCUGCCAGCUGCAUGGAGAGAAACUCAAACUCUUCUGUUUUGAUGACAAACAGCUCAUCUGUGUUGUCUGUCACACAUCAAAGAAACAUAAAGGCCAUGACUGCUAUCCCAUUGAGGAGGCUCUGCCUGAUUUGAAGAGUGAAAUCAAGGCUCCUUUGCAGAACAAAUUGGGAAAAAUGACCGCCGCCAAACUGGAAGAGGAAAACUGUGUGGAACACUUAAUGGUCCAGGGCCAACUUGGAGAGGAGCAGAUAAGGGGGGUGUUUAAGAAAUUUUACCAGUUCCUAGAAGAAGAAGAGGCUGCCAGGAUAGCUGCUCUGAAAAAGGAACAACAGCUGAAAUAUGAAGUGAUGAGAGAAAGAAUGGAGAAGUUGACCAAGAAUAUCUCAAUGCUUUCUGAGACUAUUGGAGUUAUCAAAAAGGACAUGGAGACUGAUGAUAUCACAUUCCUGCAGAACUACGAGGCCAUACUUAUCAGAGCCGAGUGCACACCUCCAGACACUGCUGCAAAUGCUGAGAUGGGGCCAGGAGCAUUCAUUGACAUGGCCAAGCAUGUUGGAUGUCUGACGUUCAAAGUCUGGAACAGUCUGAUUAAGAUUGUUGACUACAAUCCUGUAACCAUGGAUCCAAACACAGUGUCCACAAAGCUCAUCCUCACUGAUGACCUCACCACUGUGACGUGCUGUGAGGAAAAGCAGAGUCUUCCAGACAAUCCUGAAAGGUUUCAUGUAGGAGUGUUGGGGUCUGAGGGCUUCAUUAAAGGCAAACAUUUCUGGGACGUUGAGGUAGGAGACAGCGAUAACUGGUCUCUGGGAGUAGCCGAAGAGUCCAUUGUGCGGAAGAAGCUAGUAAAACUGGAUCCUGAGAGUGGAUUGUGGACCAUCAGAUAUAUUAAUGGGAAAUACAAAGCAGGUGUGAAAUCACGCAAAGAGAUCAAGGUAGAUGAAUGCCCACAAGUGAUCCGAGUAUGUCUGGACUGUGACAAGGGGGAGGUCACAUUCUCCGACCCCACUAUGAGCAAUACUCUGUACACCUUCAAACACACAUUUACUGAAAAGCUGUUCCCAUACUUUAGUAUAGGCAGUCUUAAAAGCCCACUGCGCCUUUGUAAGAGACCCCUCACUAAGGUAACUGAGACGUGAGCUGGGGCACGAGGCAAAUCUAUUUAUUGGAUAUUUCAAACUUUUUUAACAAAUCAAAAACUGAAAAAUU